AUGGCUGCUGAAAGAAAGAAGGCUUCAAGAAAGAAGAAGGACCCAGAUGCUCCAAAAAGAUCAUUAAGUGCCUAUAUGUUUUUCGCUAACGAAAAUAGAGAUAUCGUUAGAGCUGAAAAUCCUGGUAUCGCUUUCGGUCAAGUUGGUAAAAUGUUAGGUGAAAAAUGGAAGGAAUUAACUGCCGAAGAAAAAACUCCUUACGAAAAGAAAGCUGAAGAAGAUAAGAAAAGAUAUGAAAAACAAAAGGCUGAAUAUGCUAAAAAGAAUAGUUCAUAA